AUGCGUGUCUCUUCGUCGGCCUUCUUGGCCACUCUGCUGGCUGUGGCUGCUGCUAAGCCUGUCCCCGAGACUCAUGUUGUCCACGAGAAGCGUGAAAUUGCCCACCGCUUUACCACUUCCAAGUGGGUGAAGAGAGAUAGAAUUGAAAAGGAUACUGUCUUGCCUGUUCGCGUUGGUUUGAAGCAAGAGAACUUGCACAAUGGCGCCCAAUAUCUUAUGGAUGUUUCACACCCCGGAUCUCCCAACUUUGGCAAACACUGGACAUCCGACGAGGUCAUCGCCAAAUUUGCGCCUUCCAACGAGACAUUGACUGCUGUUCGCGACUGGCUCGUGAAGAAUGGCAUCUCUGAUCGCAGAAUCACCCAUUCGGACAACAAGGCCUGGUUUGCUUUCGAUGCCACUACCCAGGAAAUCGAAGAUCUGCUACACACCCAAUACCAUGAGUUUGAGCACAGCUCCACUGGCAACUAUGUUGCAGCAUGUGAUGAGUAUCACGUCCCUAAGCAUAUUCAAAAGCACAUCGACUUCAUCUCGCCAGGUGUCAAGGGUGCCAACCUUCGCAAGCGUGGCGCAAAGAAAGCAAAGAGAACACUCAGAGGAUCUCCGGCUCGCAAGCAGGCACCUUUCAUGCCCAAGAACAUCUCUUCUCUCAGCACUUGUGAUCAGGUCGUGACACCGGCAUGUAUCCAGGCACUGUACCAGAUCGCUCCCAAUGAUCCAUAUGCCAGAGUCAGCCUGAACAACUCGCUUGGUAUCUUCGAGGAGGGCGAUUACUACGCCCAGCAGGAUCUGAAUCGUUUCUUCGGAAACUUCACACCUUACAUUCCUAAUGGCACUCAUCCUAUUCCCAACUUUAUCGACGGAGCAAAGGCCCCCGUCAGCUUGCAGCUCGCUGGUGGUGAGAGUGACUUGGACUUCCAACUUGCUUAUCCUCUCGUCUACCCUCAGACCACUACUUUGUACCAAACUGAUGACAUCUACUACGCAUUCGGCAACGACCCCAACGCUACCGGCCUUUUCAACACCUUCUUUGACGCCAUUGACGGUUCGUACUGCACGUACUCUGCUUACGGCGAGACUGGCGACGAUCCGGUUCUCGACCCCAAGUAUCCCGACACUGCUGCAAGCAAUGGAUACAAGGGAUCACUUCAGUGCGGUGUUUACAAGCCUACUAAUGUCAUCUCUAUCUCUUACGGAGAACAAGAACAAGACCUGCCUGCUUAUUAUCAGGAGCGUCAAUGCAACGAGUUGCUCAAGCUUGGCCUCCAGGGUGUUUCUGUCAUCGUUGCUUCUGGCGAUACUGGUGUUGGUGGUAUCAGAGGGGAUGGUUCGGCGAACGGCUGCCUGGGAUCUAACGCUACUGUUUUCUCGCCCACUUAUCCCAACUCAUGCCCCUGGCUCACCAACGUUGGUGGCACCAAAAUUUACCCCGGUCACACGGUCUACGAGCCCGAGUCUGCAGUCAACGACCCCGAGUCUGGCUACUCGUCCGGUGGUGGUUUCUCCAAUCUCUUCGACAUUCCCGACUACCAGGCUUCUGCUAUCAAAACUUACUUCGAGGAGCACAACCCACCAUACAAGUACUACACGAAUGGCCAGUACAACAGCUCAGGUGGUGGUGUUUACAACCGCAACGGACGCGGUAUCCCCGAUGUCGCUGCCAAUGGCGACAACUUCGGUAUCUUCAAUGCCGGAAAAUUCAUUCUUGAGGGCGGUACUUCUGGCUCUGCACCUAUCUUUGCUUCGAUCAUCAACCGCAUUGUCGAAGAACGUAUUGCAGCAGGCAAGGGACCUGUUGGUUUCGUUAACCCUACUCUCUACACACAUCCUGAGGUUCUCAAUGACAUUGUCAACGGCACAAACCCUGGCUGUGGUACUCAGGGCUUGUCGGCAGUCAAGGGCUGGGACCCUGUUACUGGACUCGGAACACCUUCGUACCCUAAGAUGCUGAGUCUCUUCAUGGGACUGCCUUAG